AUAAACUCCUAUAACGUAUCGAUCCUUUCGUAAAUUUGGUCGCAUCCAAGCUCAUCGUACUGAGUAUUGACAAUGAGCACCGAACUGUGGACAUUCUCUGUUUAUGUAAACCGCGGCCAUUUCCAUUUUAAAUAUAUUCCUUUCCCGUUCUUCAACGUCACUUACCCCUUCUCCGUUGAUCUUCUUUAACAACUCUGAGACUUCUCCAUACCUUUUUCACAGACUGCUGUAUCUCAACUGGGUAAUUCCUCGUUGACAUACAAUGUCUAAGCAGAGACUUCAUCAUCCCGAUCUGGUGGGCCUAGAUCCAAAGGUCAAGGCGUACGAGCAGCAGAAACGAUGGACAGACUUCAAGAGACAAGAUCCCGCAGAAGAGCGAAGGCUACGCGAGAAAAAUACCGCAAACAAACGUCGUUCGCGGGCAGCUCAGAAACAGAGAGCACUCGAAAACGCUGGCGACAAGCCUCCUCCAAAACGGCGACGUGUCCUAUCAUCUAGAGCGAUCCAGCCUAACCGCAACGACGUCGAAAACGUCGAGAACACUGCGGGUCCUUCGAACGCUAGCGGAGAAGUUCCUUUAAACACUGAGAACACCGCGGGGCCUUCUUCUCAUGUCUCAUUCGACGAUACCUUCAUCGAUCCCACCCUGCUACAACAACCCGACGCUCAACCUCCGCGUACUUCCCCCCCUCCAACUCUGGAUGCUGAAGUCACCACGCGCGACGUAUGCAUCAUGACGGACAUACCAUCGCCAUCGCAAACUCCACGACCAUCUUCACCGGUGACCACACACGAAGUAUGUGUCAUGACGGAUUCCCCACCGAAUCAUCCCCCCUCAUUUCCCGGUUACCCGUCACCCCCCUCGCCAGCUUUGUCCGAUCUCACUGACAUCGAGUCCCUCGACUUGGCAACUCCCAUAAUCGGCUCGCAAGUUCACGAAAAUUCGCCGACAGUCGCAUGGCAAAGUGGCACAACGACCGUGCUGCCGUAUAUUUACAAGGACGGUAAAAACGUACUGCAACGCGACGCAGAUGCGGUCGCGUAUAUCUCCGCACUUCCUGAAUCUUGUCCGGAUUCAUCAAAAUACGUGGUUCAUCUACACUACAGUGACUGGCGUUCGAAGCCACGAGAGCUGCGCGAAAUUAUCACCGCCGCGCUUUGCCAAAAUAAAGCUGUCGUCCUUCGUCAAUGCGAUCAGGCCACCGCGGACGAACUUGACCUCGAGCUCCUGUAUGAUUGGGGUGCGUCAGGGCUAAUGCGCGUUGUAAUACAUGAUGCGGAACAACGUACGAAAGAUUUCACCUAUCCGCAGCAGCAUGCAACACUUGAGCAAUUUAUGCGCAACAUACACGACCCUAACAAGAUACAGUGUAUUCUAGAUGUUCCGCUCUCACAAGGGGGUCUCCCAUUUUUCUUGAGCUCCCUGGACAGCGGCAUCGUCGACGGAUGGAAUCAGUCCACCAAUGAUUGCCCCGUCGGCCAUCAAGUUCACCCCGACAACUUCACCGUACGCUCGUGGGGUUUGCUGGCUAAGCCCGGUUGGUUUACCUAUUUUCACCACGACGCGGACGGCGGCUGCACUUUUAUUUAUGGCGUCGUCGGCACGAAACAAUGGACCGUGGCUAACCUGAAAAAUCAGGACACGAUCUCUCAGACAUCGUUCGCCAAGGCAGCCAGAUUGUUGGGUACUUUCCCCGAGAACCGCGACGAGAUUGCCGCUCUGUGGGACAUGGAAGUCAUCACGGUAGGAAAGGGGGACCUUCUUAUACAACCACCUGGUCAAUUCCACGCAGUGUAUUCGCCUGCAAAGGCCUUCUUUACCGGCGGGCAUUUUUAUAAUCGCGACACUCACCAUUUGUCAAAAAACUCUCGUCAUUUGGAUAACAAACACGGUAAAUACUUGACGAACCAAAUUCACUCUCACUCCCUGGAAACGUUUCAACGAUUGGUCAUGAACUUACCGCGCCUAUCUCGCCGCACUAAGUUGUAUACCAGGCCUUUGAUGGCACUCUGUCUCAUGGUUUUAGACCCGGGCGCCUAUGCGGCUGCUGGCGCAGAAAAGAGAGAACUGGUAUCUGGAAGCACCAACCGAGCAUCCGCUAUUGCAACCGCUAUCGUCAACCAUUUCUGGACGAACCUCAAGACGGAACAAAAGCUAUAUCGUACUCCCAAACAGACUGCCGGGAGUCAGGGUAUAUUUGGCCCAGGGGACUUGAUCGAUAGAGACCAGUUAACCACUUGCCUCCGAUCAUUCACGGCGAUCGAAAAUUCUUAGAUAUUUGUCCAUUACCAUCCAUUCCUUCGUAACCUUCGCCGCAUCCAUGGAUUCUUUGGACUCUUUACGUAUUUUCACCGUUGAACUUCAGCAAGUUCACUCUUUCAUACCAAGUAAUUGUAUGGUAUGGUAUGUAAUUUUAUGCUUGCAUGCGAUGCAGAUUGAUUAUACGGAGUUAAGCCAAAUUUAACAAUAAACGGUAACUCAACGUGAAUCUUCUCUUGCGACUUCUGCGAC